AUGUUAGUUUUUGAAUAAUAAUUAAUAGUGAUUGGCUCAUAUGAUGAAGUUGAUUCAGCAGAUGAAAUUAUAUAAAUAAAAAUAGAUAAUGAUGGUUUAAAUUUGUUAUUCCAAAGUCAAUUGGAAAUAAAAGAAUAGUAGAGAACCUAAAGUAUCGUGGAUUAAUUAAAGUUCUCUUAGAAUGCAUAACCCAGAGAUUCUAAUUGA